UUUGACUAAUUUGCUAAUUAUUACUAAUUGCUAAUUAUUUACUAAUUAUGUUUUUAGUUAAUAACAUGUUACAAGUAAUCAUGGUUUAACAAAGGCAUUAAACAUUAUAUAAUGAGGAGGAUGACACAACCUUUAAGUUCAGACAAGGCCUGCCAUUUUUUGCAGUCCUCUUAUGCCUCUUAAUCGUAUGUUCUUUUUACCCAUUUUUACCCACCCCAUUGUAUUCAAUCCCUUGUUAGUAACAAAUUGGCAAUAUUUUUGGCUAUUGCACUUAUAUAAAAUUCAAGUGACCUCAUGAACUUCAGUGGCGAUUUGUUUUAAGGUAAUCUCAAAAGUUCAGGUGUCUUUAACCUGUUAUGUAAGUGGAAUGAGAGCAAGAUUUGUGAAUUGUACAGCAAUUUCUGGCGUUUGAAGAACACCUUUUAUGAAGAAACCUUGGAAUAAACAGAAAUAGACAGGGUGCAUGGCCGAUCAUUGCAGACAUCCUAGCAAUUUCUGCUGUCUUUGUGCGCCGUUGAUGGGUUUGAUUUAAACAUGUCGCUUUUUCAGUUUUCUGGCUGUAUUUUGUUGAAGAUGAUGACAAAUACAUUCAAUCAUUUUACACAUGUGGAUUCCUUUGUGUUGAAAUUGGACAGGUCAAGGCAGUUCGAAGACAAAUCUAAAAAUGCAUUUGUCUGUUUAAACCAAAGACACCCUCUUUGAAUAAAUGUGAUCAAGCCAGAGAUUUCAGUUAAAUUAGGAUCAGGUUUAUUUAUAGAUGUUGCUUUUGAAGCAUUUUAAUAGAAAACAUUUGAAAAAUAUUUGCAUUAAGAUGCACAUGUUUUGGCUGUCUGAAUGUUGACCUGCCAACACAUGAUUAGCGUUUCGGAGAACAGUCUUAAAGCCAUAUACGAAAGCCAAUAAGGAUCUCUGAAAUGUUUAAACAGGACAGCCCAUGAGACACACAAACACCUAAACAGAAAGAGCAGAUAUUCAAGUGUGGGUUCAAAUAAUCAAUAAUGGGUUAGGGGCUCAAAUUGAGCUCCAGCACAGAUUUUAAUCUUACACUAGAAAUCCUAAAAAUCUCAAAGGAUACAAAGGAGUUCUGAUGUUUGAUCUUGAUUUGGAAUAUUGAUUGAUGGGAUUAUACAGGAAUACAUGCUGUAUGGCUCCAGGAAUAUUAGGCAGCCAGUAAAGAAAUCCCUGUUGAAGCACACGCUGAAAUGGGCCGAAAGCAGAGUGAGGUUGAUUGGAAAAAGAGCACGGAUAACAUCCAGGAUGUUUUCGAAUUCAUGGAGGUGCUCGGAUCGGGAGCAUUCUCAGAGGUCUUUAUGGUGAAGGAGAGAAAAACAAGGAAGCUUUUCGCCAUGAAGUGUUUGAAAAAGAAAAACAAAAGGGACUUGAACCUGGAGAAUGAGAUUGCUGUGUUGAGGAGGAUCAAACAUGACAACGUUGUGUGCUUGGAGGAUUUCUAUGAAAGUCGGACGCAUUACUACCUCGUCAUGCAACUAGUUUCAGGUGGAGAACUGUUUGACCGGAUCCUCGACCGGGGCAUGUACUCCGAGUUGGAUGCUAGUCUGGUUAUCAGACAGGUGCUAGAAGCAGUCAGCUACCUGCACAAGAACGGCGUCGUGCACCGGGAUCUCAAGCCAGAGAAUCUGCUGUACUACAGCCCUGAUGAAAACUCCAAGAUCAUGAUCAGUGAUUUCGGCCUGUCUAAGAUGGAAGAAAAUGGCAUCAUGUCCACAGCCUGUGGGACUCCAGGAUAUGUCGCCCCUGAGGUUUUAGCUCAGAAACCCUACAGCAAAGCUGUCGACUGCUGGUCUAUCGGAGUCAUCACCUACAUCCUUCUCUGUGGAUAUCCUCCAUUCUAUGAAGAGACCGAGACUCGUUUGUUCUCUAAAAUCAUGAAGGCCCAGUACGAGUUUGACUCGCCCUUCUGGGAUGAUAUCUCUGAGUCUGCGAAGGACUUUAUCCGCAACAUGAUGCAGAAGAAUCCAAAGAUGCGGUAUACUACAGAACAGGCUCUUAGACACCCCUGGAUAAUCGGAAAGACGGCCCGAAGUCAAGACAUCCACCACUCCGUCAGCGUACAGAUCCAGAAGAACUUUGCCAAAUCUAAGUGGAAGCAAGCCUUCAAUGCUACUGUGGCUAUAAACCACAUGAUGAAGGUGCAGCUGGCCCAUUCUGAGGCCGGUGUCCGACAGAACCAGACUCCUCCAUCUGUACCUGAGAUCAAAGUUAUUACAACAUCCACACCUGAAUCUGUCCACAAGAAGCUGCCUACGGUGCCCCCAGAUCUGAACAGCAACUCGGCCAGUAAUCAGAUGAACGUGCCGGCCAGUUCCACUGAGUACAAGAGCCAGUAUCUAUCUAUUCGGGUCAGCCACAGUGAGACCACACAUGUUGGAACACUCUCUGUUGCAGAGAAGAACAAACAUGUGUAUCACUCAGAACCAGCUGAUCUCAAUGGGUACGCAAAAAGAAGCUCCAAUCGUAAUAGGCAGAACCUGCAAACUGGAGUUUGUUCUGUGAUGUGAUUGGCCGCAUGGAAAUUGUGAUUUUUGACAGGUCUGUGACCUUUCACCCAACAGCUAGCUGGUUUCUGUGGGCAGGUUCUGAUGCUCUUAGCCUCUGGCAAGUGUGUUGACAAGACCAUUGCUGAAAUACUGAAAUUUAGUGGAGUUCCUCCAUAUUUACAAACACUCACGGCACAAAUACAACCUGUUACAAACUUGCUGCAAGGUUUUUCACAAUUCAGUAUCCCUGUAAUAGCAGAAAUGUCAUCUUAGGUGCUGAACUUCAAAGUUUGUAUUGUCCCAAGAGGAAACUGUUUCACAUAUUGAUCAAUGAAUCUCUCUGUAUUGAAACAUUUGAAACAGGAGUCUGUGUUAUUGGAUGCUUGUGUAUGUAGUGUUGGAAGUCUAAUUCAGCGCUUUUGUGUGAUGUAUGGCUUCAGUAGUUCCUAAUUUUGUGCAAUAAUGUGUACCGCAGUAAUUCAUAUGCAAUAUGGCAAGAUAUGUGGUGUGUAAGUCACUUUUGCUUCUCUGCAAGCUGUAUAUACAGGGUGGGAGGGUUACAUGCUGUAAAAUGUAAUUUGUAAUGUAUUCUGUUAGAUUACUCAAGGUCAGUAAUGUAUUCUAAAUACUUUGGAUUACUUCUUCAGCACUGGUAGAUUUUUUCACUUGUUUUGACUAUAAAAACUCAUUUAUGUCUGGUAACAUGUGCAUGUAAAAUGGCUAGAAAUAGCAUUUUAGCUUAGCAUAAAGCUAAUAAUUUACUCAAGGUUUAUUUUUAUUUUUUCUGCUCCAAACUUACUUCAAACGUACUUCUCUGUCUGCUCAUAUGAAUCAUAAGAAAGUGUUUCACCGCUGUUCAAAUGCACUUUGGAUCGCAUCAUUUAUAUGUCUAAAUGUUUUCCAAAUGAAAGGACUAAAUAUUAAAUGAAACAAAUAACAAUAAAAUGCAAAGUAGUCUCUUCAGUAAUCAAAAUACUUUUUAAAUGUAACUGUAUUCUAAUUACCAAUGAUUUGGAAUACAGUUACUUAUAUUUUGUAUUUUAAAUAUGUAAUCCCAUUACAUGUAUUCCGUUACUCCCCAACCCUGCGUACUGAACAUAUUGAUAGAUGAUUGGAUUUUAUUGCUGGAAUUAAUAAGAAACACUCUGAAGGAGAUUCCAGCCUUUUUCUUUGUUUAUUUAAAUAGAGUGAAUGUUUAUUUUUCUACUGCACAAAUUAAUUAUUCAUGUACAAUAUAUGUAUUUCUGUUUAUGUUUUUCAUAAUAAAAUUAAUUAGACUGUUUAAUGCUGUCUCACCACCAUUAACAUAAUAUAUCACCCUUGUUCUGUGCACCAUAACAUAGUAAUAUACUUGCAUAUAUUAACUUUACUGCUAUAAAUACCUUUUAUUAAUGAUCUUGGAAGAUAUUAUGGUUAAGUGUCCUCUGAUCUACAGAAAAGGUUGAUGUUCAUGUAGGUUGAUACUGUCAGUGCUUUGUGCAAUCAUUUUUAACAAUAAACCCACAGAUAUAUCAGUUUCAGUUAUUUUACUGGCCUGAUAUUUGUGUUUUCUCUAUGUUUUCAUGCUUAGAUUAGAUUAUUGUUCUACUUAAAGAAGUACUCCACCCUAAAAUUGAAAAUUCUGUAAUUAUUUACUCACCCUGCCUCAUUUCCUUGCACCAUAUUCCACUGUAUACU